GUCGAACGAACAAAACCUGUAGUCAGGAAGUUACAUUUGGUGGUGUGGUGAUAGGUACUGCCAACUUCGUUCUCACCAUAAUGGAAUUUGUUACUUUUCAUUCAAUUGUUCCCUUAACCCCUCUUCUUUUCUUUUUCUAAGACAUUCCCAAUUCAUGUGAGUCGUCUGUUCGUCACUAUUUCCUUCCGAAAGUAAACCCUAGAGGUUGCGUUUUGUUAAUUAUAAACGUUGGUUCCGUAAGCAUGCUGAACAUUGGCACGUACAAGUGGAACCGGAAAAAGACAUUUUAGCGGGAUUCUUCGAGUGUCUUCAUUCAUUUUUAUUAUGUAUGCAAAGAGGAACGUAACAACAAAUGGAGUCUCAGCACCAGACUGUAGUGUAGACUUGGAUCUGACAGGUUCUCCUUUGGCAUUCCCAUUCAUUUCCUGUGAUUAUGAUGUUGAUGACACAUUUAUUAGUGAACCAAUAAAAAACUGGCAGAAAGAUGAAGAGAGUCAAGGCUCACUCUCUGUAAUUAAAGCCAGGAAGAUACUAAGUCUAUGCAAUCUGCAUACACACCAUUGGAAAGUGCCUAUUUGGGUAGUGUGUGAUGGUUCAGAUUAUCAGCAAAGCAUUUUGCUAUCAACAUUCUGUGACAGAAAGAGUGGCUGGGUGACUCGUAACUCUGUGAAAUUGUUGGGGCACUGGAGUUACACACAGGCUGAAGAAUAUGCAGUUAAUGUGAGGAAAGAACACCUUUCCAUAUCUAGAAUUCCAGGAUGUGAGGUGAAAAUUCUUACGACACAAGUGUAUAACAUUCUAAGUUCUACAGGCCACUUUGGAAAGUCUGCACAGUGCAAUAUAUCAGUUCAUCUGUCAUGGUCUAGUUCAUCCCUUGUGGCCUCACCUCCACUGUAUGCAAAUGCUGUUGUGGAAAUGCUUAUUGUGGUUGGGCAACCAACCAGUGCAGCAUAUGAGUUGUGGAAACAGUUGAAGCUACUGCACCAGCUUGUUACUGUGCUGGCAGUAUCUAAAGAGAAGCAGGAGAGUGGCUGUAUAGAUCUGCCUGGGUUAGAAUAUGGUAAUGGGAACAGUGCUAGAACAGAAACUACUGAUGUAAUUAGCCUGCUACAUGAGAUGGAUUACAUUGGUGUGAAAUACCAAGGCACUACAUUUUAUGGAGAGAAACCUGCAACUGCAAUGCCUCUAAAUCAAUUAGUUCAACAAGCUGUUUCUAGCAAGUCAACACUCUAUCUGGACUUUGUACAUCAUCUGUUUUUGUUACUUGCAAAUUGCAGGGACUCUGUGAACUUGGCCAAAUGUUUGUUGCUUGUAUUUCAAGAAGUACAGUCUGGAGAUGCAAAAUUGUUUGUACACCCUAAGAACCCUACCAGAAUUGCUCAUAUUCUCAGAGAGCUGAUGCGUGGUAGUUUGUCACUACCUGAGAUAAGUGGGAUCAGAUCAGUAGAAUUACUGAUUGAGAUUGGACUGGAAAAAAUAUCAAAGGAUUAUACACAUAUUUUCUUAAGUUCUGGUGUAGCAACUUUAGAGCAGUUGAAAUUGCCCUCUUGUAAUAUAAAUGAAUUGAAUGAAGUGUGCAAGAAGCUUGAUGUUUUAGGCAGGCUUCAAGUUACAUUGGAAAUUCUUCUUCUGGCUGAAUCUCAAAUGAAGUUUUCUGUGAGCAGCUUGCAAUCACUCGCAACUUUUGGUCUGAGCAAUUUUCAGACACAGGUUGAAUCAUUCUCAAAACUGUUGGAAGUAGACAACAUAAAGUUCCAAGCACCAGUUUCCAUGAAGGAACUACAGUGCCUCAUUACAAGCAAAUAUUCCAGCUCAUGUAUGCAGCUCACUUCUGACGGGGAUAAAUACAAAGUACGGACUGUCCUACACUGCAGUGCUUUUCCAAUUUUUCCUUUUGUUUCACCCGAUUCUUCAGAUUCCCAGUUGUGUGACGAAAGUGGUAUUCUUAGCAAGGAUCUCCAUUGCAGUCAGCUGACUUGUCUUUCCAACAAACUGUUAUCAUAUCAAGUCACGAUUAAAGAUGAAGGAAGGUCACAGUGAAUUAUUAGCUUAUCAGGUGGAAAUUCUUCCUUUUCUUCCACAUCCUCUGGGAAGAAUGCCUCAUAGUCUUUCUUACCAUCAUCAACAUUAUCACUGAUAUAUAUUGGUCCCAGCUGACAGAAUGACAGAAGAGGAUCACUUCGUUUGCGACUUACUACGAGGACUAGUGUUUCACCACUUACAUAUAAAAAGAAAGAAAGAAAUUUAUUGUUUUGUAACUUUAAUGCAUUAAUCAGAAAUCAUAAUUAUAAUUAACAUGUUAAUGAGAGUUAUGAUACGAGACAUUUUUAUCUAUAGAAAGAUUUUACUGUGUGUGUGUAUGUCCACAUGCUAUGUCUCUCUUCUGCUGUUUGAAUUGAUUAUCCUAAAAUAUUUGGUGAAUUAUAAAACUCCUUAUUUUGUAGUUUUCUCUAGCCUGCUCUUACUUCCUGUGGCUUAGGUCCAAAUACUCUUCUCAACCCCCUUUUUCAAAUUAAAAAGUUAUUGAGAAUCA